AUGACAUUCCGUUUCAACUUUUCGCUUAAAGAUUUGGAUUUAUCGGACCACGGGAUAAAUGACCAUAAAGUUGUUAAGGAAGAGGUCGAAAUAGUUGAUCUACUUCAAGCGACAAGUCUUGAAGAAGAAAAAACAAACGAUAAUCAAACUUCCCCUUUUAUUGCGCCAAAAGAAAUUGUUAUUAGUCCAUUGUUACUUAAACUCCCGGAAUCUUACAUAGCUGAAACUAUUGAAAGUAAUUCGUCACCAUCAACAUUAUAUAAACGACAUUUAUCUGAUAUUAAAUGCCAAAUAGCUUUGGAGGAUGAUGAUCCAAUGGAAGAGCAUGAAGACUCCUCUAAUAUAAAGAAAAGUCAAAAUUUGUUUGAUAUUAUGGUUGAGAGUGAUUUGAUCAAAGGAGUUUAUGAAGGUGGUUUCAAAACCUGGGAAUGCUCCCUUGAUUUGGUUGAUUACCUUGCUGGAAGAGGGAUAAAUAUCGAUUCACCCAAAGUUCUAGAGCUUGGCUGUGGAUCAGGACUACCAGGAAUUUAUAUACUUACUCGUGAAAAAUCAGCGCGGGUCGAUUUUCAAGAUUACAACGAACAAGUUAUUAAAUUAGUCACAAUACCAAAUAUCUUACUAAACACCUCUUUACGACCUCAAUCCACUGAUAUAGAUCAUCAAGGUAUUGCACAAGUGAAUGUUGCAAAUAACGAGAAUAUUAUUAGGGAAAUGUGCAAGAGAAGUCGAUUUUUCGCGGGUGAUUGGAACGGAUUAGUGGAUGCGCUUGAUAUAAAAUCUGAAAAAGAAAAAUACGAUCUGAUAUUGACCUCUGAAACGAUAUACAAUGAGGACUCUAUCGAAAAAUUAUACAAUGUCAUAAAGAAUAUUUUGAAGAGACCAACUGGCGUUGCCUUGGUAUCAUCUAAAACAAUGUAUUUUGGCGUAGGUGGCGGUAUACUACCAUUCAGACAACUAAUCGAACGAGAUAACGUGUUUAAUGUUAAAGUUGUUUAUACGGUGACCUUGCAUUUGAGAAGAGAGAUUUUGGAAAUGAGAUUUAUCAGCCGCUAG